AUGAUUAUAUUCUUCGUUUUUGCUUUUCUUCUACUCCCAACUAUCCACUGUAGCAGUGAUGACCAUUCUCCACUUGCUAAAAACUUUACUCGAAACUUAUACGCUGCCAUCAUAAACGAUGCCCGUCAUGAAUACUCAAUUGGUCUCCAAAUCGCCAAUAUGCAAGAAAUCCGCUACGACAUUGAACUCGAACAGGAGGCAAAGACAUUCUUAAAGUGUGAAGAUAUCAAGCACACCUCGAAUUAUCGAGUGUUCUUCCUGGAAAAGAGACUGCAAACUCAAUUUUUGAGUGAGCCUGAUGCCAGAUUGAUUAUGAGGAACAAGACAAAGUUGCUGGAAAACGAGGAUUUCAAGAAGAAUGCAGAGUUCCUUCAUCCUCUUCAAGCUGGCGUCGGAUGUGUCGAUUUGCUUUCAAAGUGUCCAUUCCCUGGGAAGCAGCUGUUGAACGAGGCUGGAGUGGUCUGUUUGUUUGGUCCCAAAAACACUGAUCCAAUCUCCGAAUUCAAAUAUGGAAAACCGAGAUCCCAAUGCGCGAAUGGGAAAGCCGAUAGUGGGCUGUGCCGUCGACCAUUUACAUACAACUAG